UACAGGAAACUUGUUUCAUGUCAGUACAAUCAGCUCUGCUGCUGCUCGGUGGUCUCCAUCCUUCUGUCCCAAAUGGCUUCUUUCAAAUUCUUCCUCUUUUUGUCUCUAAUCUCAGAGUUAACAGCUCUUCAGCAGGAUGUUCAGGUGAAGCUUGGAGAUGACGUCACUCUCCAGUGUCAGAUUUCCACAGAUGAAAUAAUCUCAGUGCUGAAGUGGAGCAGAGCUGACCUGAACACAGACGGCUACGUCUACUUCUACAGGAACAAACGCUCCUAUGAAAACUACCAACAUCCAUCUUUUCAUGGCCGAGUGAAGCUGAGGGACCCGGAGAUGAAGGAUGGAGACGUUUCUCUGAUCCUGAAGAACGUCACGUUUAAUGACACUGGGAUGUAUGAGUGUCACGUAGCAGUGAGGAACCCUGUGAGAAGUAAAAGAGCUCACACUGAGAUCAGUCACUUCAUCCACCUCACAGUCACAGGUGAAACACAUGAAAGCGUGUCAGAGAAACGAGUCGUGGAAAGAGGAGUCGCAGAUGAAAACAUGGAUGGUACUGAAAGGGUCGGAGCUCCAUCUCUUCAGUUUUCUGUGACCAAUUCUGAGGAACUUCCUUCUGACCUAUUGAAAAAACAACAGGGUAUAUGGACUUUGUCAGUGGAUAAUUUUUCCAUCCUGAUGAUCAGAAGAGUGUUUGAGGGUUUCAGAGAUCCUUCAGAUCAACAGUAUUUGUUUGUCACAUGUCUGGACUUGCAGCUGCUCAAACAGAGGACAAACAAAGACCAGGAAACCAUCACAGCAAAGUCUGGACAGAACGUCACUCUGACAUGUCGAGCUCCAAACAACAACAUUGGAGUUAUAGAGUGGAGCAGAGCUGACCUGAAGGAAGACGAAUAUGUCCUUUUGUACCGAGAUGGACACUUAGAUCAAGAUCACCAGCAUCCAUCUUUUAAGAACCGGUCGGAUCUGCAGGACAGACAGAUGAAGGAUGGAGACGUGUCUGUGAUUCUGAAAUAUGUGACGAUUAAUGACACUGGAACAUACAAGUGUCGUGUCCAGAAAGACGGACACAGUUUGAAGCUCAUCAGCAACAUCACCCUGAGUGUUGAUCCUGCAGUCAUGAACAACAUUUUUGAGACAGUUGAUCCAGUAAUUCAGUACCAACCCAGAGUAGGCACAGCCUCCCUAAUACAGGUUGAAAACCACAGUCUCAUGGGGCAUCUUACACAGCCUGCACCUGGAGUCUUGUCUGGUGUGAUAGACCCCAGUCCAGCAAUCGGUUGCAGACGCUACAAAGUGCUGGCAGGCUCCUUUCCCUGGGCCAACUGCAAAGCGGCACACAGCACUGUGCUGCAGUCCAAAACACUGAUGGUAAAACCACAGCCCUUUUCAGCGGUGUCGCACGGCGUAACCCCAGCCACCAUCGAUGAGUCGAAGGCCCCCGGGAGUAUCAGUAGGGGCGGGGUAGAUGCCGUCAAAACUAUCGCCUGGAUGCUGAAGCUCCUAGUAGCCAGAAGACUAUGA